AUGGAAACUCAGAAUAAGGAAGAAAUGAUCGAGGUAGUUCCCGAGGAACAUCCCGUGGCGAAGAAAUACGGGCAAACCUCUAUCACAGACUUUAAGAAUUUUGCCGUUCAGCUAUCAGAAUCAAAUACAGACACUUCUCCAUUGAAUGAACCUAUAUCGAGAAGAAGAUCAAAUAGAGUGCUAGUCAAGAGAAAAGUGGAAAGCGAUGAAGAACCAGAACACUCCAGAAAGAAAAGGCCUUAUAAUAGGAAAGUGGUCGCUAAGACGAAGAAGGGAAAGAAGAAUGAUAGGCCAUCCAAUACCAAUAAGGCUAAGCCGAAGAAAAGUGAUAAGGACAAUGAUAAGGAUAAGGAAAAGGCAAAGAAUGCCCAAAAAAAGUCUGCCAUCAAUGCCAACAGUGAUAAAAAAAAUAGCACAACAAGUAAAAAGGCUAAUAUGAAAAGCAAAAGCGAUGUUGAAACCAAUGGCAAACCGAAAGAAAGUGUUGCUAGCAUGAUCUCUAAGAAACAAACCGCUGACGAUUUGAAGAAAAAGGAUUCUCCCAAACCCUCCGGUGAUUUAGAAAGUCGAUCGGAUGGAAAAACAUCGAAGCCAGUUCUACCUAAGGAUGCGAUCAAGCUUUCUAAAUCUGCAUCAAAACCAGCACCUUCGUUAAGUUUAGCUGUUAACCCAAUUCUCCUCGAAAAUUGGGCACCACAAUUACCAGUCCUAUCUACUGACUUCAAGACCCAAACAUCUGUUUUUUCGAGAUUGAAGUUCCCUCAUAUGAGGAAAGCACCAUAUGCAAAGGAUCUGGUCUUUGUCAUGUCAUUCAUCAACAAAUUUCAUAAAUUUUUGCCUCAGGAACUAUGGUCUUUAUCUAUUCAAGACCUCGAAAUUGGCCUUGAUAUUUACCCAGAAAAUAUAGACGACGAACAGGAUCUUCCUCAGUAUUAUGCAGAUUAUAUUCCAGCAAGGGAAAUUAGACGCUGCCAGGAUUACUCAAAUUUACUUUAUGUUGUAUUAAUGGAGCUGACUUUGAAUCGCAAAUCGCAUAGCACAUUGCAAUCCCUGCAGACUUCAUCCAAAGCAUUCAAACUAAUAUCUGAAUUGAGACAUAAAGGGGUGGAAUUUGGAUAUCCUAGAGAAUGGAAGGUCCAGUCAACUUUAAAUGCGGAACGCACUAAAUUGUUUGAACACGAUGACACUGAAGCUGUUGAUCCUAAUCAUCCUGAGAUCUUAACCCCAAACAUUUACAAGUGGACUGAGCAAUUGAUCGUGCCCUUGGAAGAAGACCCAUUACAUAAUCCAGAUUUGGAACGACUUGGUCUUUUGGGACUAAUGCCAUCUGACAGGGUCGUAUUUUUAAGGACAUUGACGCAGUGGUGUAUUUCAUAUUCAGAGAAGAUACACACAGAGAUAUACCGUUUAUCGCAUCUAAAGAAAGACCCCUCUUUUGGUAUUCAAACCUUCCACGCUCCAAGACAUCUUGUUCAGGGCAUAGAUGCUGCUCAUCAACAUUUCAAGAAGCUAUGUACUUUGGUAAAGGAAAGAAUGGAAUUGCGUAGAUCCAAAAAGCAUGUCAAAAAACAACUUGAAAGUGGUACCCGUCAAGAUUUAUCUGCAAAGUUCGCUUUACUGGAUGAACUCAAAAAAAAUAUGAGAGAGUAUAGACAAGAGUACAACCAAGUCACAACAGAUAAGAAAAAGAAGUUUGACGCGUUAGCAGUAAGCGUGGAACGGGACUAUUCGAAAUGGUCUAAAUUGGUCUUCGAAGAAAUUCAUGAUCGGGAACCUUUGGAUGACCCCUAUGAAGAUGAAAUAUACAAAUUAAGAUGUCUCGAAUUCUUUAUUGGAAGAAUUCCCUACGUUGGAGAUUUUUACUUGCCAAGGUUGUUUACUUAUCAAUCUUCAAAAGCUAAAAAGCAUAUUCCGACUAAUUAUUGUGAUCCCAUAACAUUGUUGAAGACAUUACAACAGUUUGAAAAUGGAACAAUUACACCCUUCGAACUAUUCAGUAGGGAUGGUAAGUUGAACAGUAUGCAGUUUAAAUUGUAUUAUCAUGACACCCCUGGGUUGGUUCACGAUUUGAUGAAUGGUACCAAUACCGGAAAAGUUUACUGGUAUGAAAUGUGCCAUAACAGUUCUUCAUUGCAAGAUUUCAUCAAACUAUUGGAGUAUAAAGUGUUCAAGGAGGAAGAACCAAACAAAAAUAAAAAGACAGUCGACGAUUCGAAGGAAGCAAAUCAAAAGGACACGGUAAACGCUUCAGACAUAGGCUCAGAUAAAGAAGAACCAUCGAAUGGCCUGCCUUCGGCCGGUUUGUUGAAGAAGGACACAACAAUCACUAAAUUAGAUACAGUAGAGGGAUUUAACUGCAAUCCAUUACCAAAAGAAUACAAAUACAACAAAUCAAGAUCAAAAUUCUUGAUAUUGAAGGAAUACUUGCAGAAAAUGUCAUCACUACUACAAACCUUUGAGCAACUAAAGGUUGAGUAUGGUGAUAUCUCAACGACGGACCGGAACUUGAGAAGAUCUCAAAGGACUAAAAUUAACUAUACUGAAGCUCCACAGGAACCCUCUGACGAUGAUGAAGAGGUUGUUGCGAAUGUUGAAGAAGAGGAAGAUCAACCUGAGGAGGAAAUGGAUGAAGAGCCUGAAAUUUUCUCUGAGCACGAAGAUCACAGGAAUGACUAUGAAGAUCAUUCAGAUAAUGAUGAGGAGAUUGAAGAAGAAUAUCAAUUGGAUUCCGAAGACAACGAAGACGUUCCUAAGAAACGUGGGAGGCCUUUGAAGAAAAACUCAAAGAAUGCCGUAACACACAAAAAGCGAAAGCUCAAAUAA